AUGUUGAGCUGGGCGACGGGUAGGGGUGUGGUCCGAUUGCCGCCCGGCCAGAAGGCGUUUCAGGGAGCAAGAGACCCCUACCAGGUGCUGGGAGUGGCUCCUGGCAGCAACAUCCAGGAUGUCAAGAAGGCGUUCAAGAAAAAGGCUCUCAAGCUGCAUCCUGACGUCAAUAAAGCGCCCAGCGCCAAGACUGAGUUCAUGGAGUGCAAGGAGGCAUACCAAACCCUGCUUUCAAGAAGUGGCAGGGCGGGGAGGGGGAGCAGCAGCGCCAAGCCCCCGCCGGCCCCCGGUCCCGACUUCUGGAACUGGGACCUCAAGGGGUUCAGUCCCGGCGAGGCACAGGAGGAAGCCUACAGCCUGGCGGAUGUCCUGCGCGACAUUGAACGUGAGAUUGCUGCUUACCUGGAGAAGCGAAGGAAGAAGCAGGGAAAGAUGGGGCCGACAUCCUUCUGGGACGACCUCGCUGGCGUGGGCGAGGAGUUUGUAGAGUUCCUGGAGUCGGUAGGGGGAGGCUUGGGGCUCCAAGACGAGGAGGGUGCAGGGAAGGACCAGGCAGAGGCUGGAGCUAGGGACAAGGCAUCCGAACAGCGGAACGGGAGUGGUGCCCACGCUGCAUCUGGGGCCGAGGCACGGCGCAAGAGGGAGGAGGACGCGGCUGCACAGCGCAAACGGGAGGAGGAUGCGGCGGCUGCGCAGCGGGCGGCGUCGCCUACCAUCGAAGAUGAGCUCAGUGAGCUGCGAAAGAAGCUGGGCCUCUGA